AUGAACGUAUUCAGGAAAUUCUGUUUUUUUAGUCAAAGGAGAUAUUUGGGAAAUAUUGUUAGGGGACCCCGACCAAACGAGAUCGCCAAAAAUUUAGAAUAUGCAGUGGACUUCUUUCACAGGAAAUCGCACACGUACCAGGAUUUCAAACAGCAGUGUGAAUCGUUGCGAAUUUUUAUUUACUUUGGAUUAGUGGGUGUUCUGUCAGUAGACCUUUUAAUAAAUCCUUUAAAAUCGUCCUACUGGGAUCAGUUUUCCCCCAUGAACAUAAUGAGGAGAUUUUUUCUCUUUUUUAAAAACAAGGAGGAUAAUAUUUUUAGACAUAACGGCAGUUCCUCUUACGAAAAAUAUAUGCAACUUAUUAGGUAG